AUGAUCAUCUGCGGCAUCACCAAGACCCUCUCCGCUCUCCAGGAAGUCAUCUUACCAGACUCAACUCUGUACGAUGAUGUCCUAUUUGAAUGGAACUACAAUGGCGAAAUCGAGGGUGUUGGCUUGACGACCAUGGCUACAGACGCUGUCUUCAAUUAA